AAGAGGAAGAGACAAAGUAGAGGGCGGCCGCUUUCAGUUUAGGUGAAAAAAAAAAGAAAAAAGAAGUGACAAUUUAAACAGGCGACUUAAAAACAACCUCAGCAAACAAGGAGAGUGUCACGAGAGAUCAUGACUCCUUGGACCACGACCGCGGAGCGAUAUGGUGUCGCCAAGUGGAACUUUGCUGGCAGCGGAGAGAAUCAGCUUUCUCUGGAGGUCGGAGAUGCGGUCUACAUCCAGGAGAUCUGCGAUGGGUGGUACAGAGGCUACUUAGCCAGGAACAAAGCCCAUCAGGGCGUGUUUCCUGCCAGUUUUGUGCACCUGAAGGAGGUUAUUGUUGCGCAUCGCAGAGAUGAGGAGGCGCUGCUUUGGGCGGAGAUGCCGUUAGUGAAGGAGGUGACCAUGACGCUGAGAGAAUGGGGCGGCAUAUGGAAGCAACUCUUUGUGGCCGACAAGGAGGCGCGCGUGAGGCAGGUGCAGACGCUGAUGCGGGAGCUGAUGGAGUGGCGUUCGCAGCUCCUUUCUGGAACGCUGCCCACCGAUGAAUUCAAGGAAGUCAAGCAGAAGGUCAUCUCCAAGAUCGAUUACGGGAACAAGAUUCUGGAGCUGGAUCAGGUGGUCCGAGACGACGACGGCAAUAUUUUGGAGCCGGAGCGGGCCGGCGUCGUCAGCCUCUUCCGGGCCCACGAGGAGGCCUCCGCUAAGAUCCGUGAACGCAUAAAAGAAGAGCAGUCCGAUGUUCAGACGGAAAAGAGCGGCUUCUCGGCACGUAUCCAGUCGUCGCCCACGCACAGCCUCUACGUCUUUGUCAGGAACUUUGUGUGUCGCGUGGGAGAGGAUUCAGAACUCUUCAUGUCCCUCUACGACCCCAACCAGCAAACCAUCAUCAGUGAGAACUACCUCAUUCGUUGGGGCAGCAAAGGUUUCCCCAAAGAAAUCGACAUGCUCAACAACCUGAAGGUUGUCUUUACGGAUUUUGGCAAUAAGGACCUGAGCAGGGAGAAGAUUUUCCUCAUCUGUCAGAUAGUCCGAGUGGGCAGGAUGGACCUGAAAGAGAGCAACAAGAAGUGCACUCAGGGUCUCAGACGUCCUUUUGGAGUGGCAGUGAUGGACAUCAGCGACAUCAUCAAAGGGAAGGUUGAGUGCGAUGAGGAGAAGCAGUUUUUCAUCCCUUUCUUCCCGGUCGUGGCCGAGAACGACUUCCUCCACAACUUUCUGAACAAAGUGACCACCUCCCGAGGAGACAGCGGCGGCCAAGGACUGUGGGUGACCAUGAAGGCUCUGGUCGGCGACACGGUCCAGAUCCGCAAAGAAUACCCCCACCUGGUGGACCGCAGCACGGCGGUGGCGCGCAAGCUGGGCUUCCCCGAGAUCAUCAUGCCGGGAGACGUGCGCAACGACAUCUACCUCACGCUGCAGGGCGGCGACUUCGACAAGUACAACAAGACCACGCAGAAAAACGUGGAGGUCAUCGUGUGCGUGUGCGACCAGAUGGGCAAGGUCGUACAGAACUCCAUCUGCCUCGGCGCGGGCGACAAAGCGACGAGCGAAUACAGAUCGGUCAUCUACUACCAAGUCAAACAGCCCCGCUGGAUGGAGACCUUUAAGGUGGCCGUGCCUCUGGAGGAAAUGCACAGAAUCCAUCUUCGCUUCAUGUUCAGACAUCGCUCGUCUCAAGAGUCCAGAGACAAGAGUGAGAAAAAGUUUGCCAUGGCCUUUGUGCGUCUGAUGAAGGACGACGGGACGGUUCUACAGGAUGGAUUUCACGACCUCGUGGUCUUCAAGGGCGACAGCAAGCGCAUGGAGGACGUCAACUGCUACUUGUCCUUGCCCUCCACCCGCAACCACUACGGCGACCUCCACAAGGGGGCGCUACUGAGCCGGAGCACCAGCAACGUGAGCGGGGGCGGCGGUGGGCUCUCGGUCAGCUCCAGAGACGGAUUCACCAUUUCCACUUUGGUCUGCUCCACCAAGCUCACCCAGAAUGUGGGCCUGCUGGGGCUUCUGAAAUGGAGAACUCGACCUGAACUGCUGCGGGAAAACCUGGAGAAGCUGAAACUCAUCGACGGGGAGGAGGUGGUCAAGUUCCUGCAGGACACUUUGGACGCUUUGUUCAACAUCAUGAUGGAACACUCUCGGACCGACGAUUACGACAUUCUCGUGUUCGAUGCCUUGAUCUACAUAAUAAGUCUCAUCGCAGACAGGAAAUUUCAACAUUUCAACACGGUGUUGGAGGCGUACAUCAAGCAGCAUUUCAGCGCCACGUUAGCCUACAAGAAGUUGAUGUCGGUGCUGAAGAGGUACCUGGACGUCUCCAGUCGAGGGGAGCACUGCGAGGCCAUUCUGCGAACUCUCAAAGCUCUGGAGUACAUCUUCAAGUUCAUCGUCCGCUCGCGCAUGCUCUACUCCCAGCUCUACGUGGGCGACGAGCAGGCCCAGUUCGAAGAGUCGCUGCGGAAGCUUUUCGAGUCCAUCAACAACCUGAUGAGGACGGACUACACCACCACUCUGCUGCUGCGGGUUGCAGCCCUGAAGUACCUGCCGACAGUCCUACAUGAUGUUGAGAAAGUUUUCGAUGCCAAAUUGCUGAGUCAGUUGCUGCAUGACUUCUAUUCCUGCAUCCCACCGGAGAAACUCCAGAAACAGAAAGUGGCCUCUAUGACUGAAAUUGUCGGCAGUCAACUUUUCCAGCGGCCAGAGUGUCGAGACGUGUUGUUGCCAAUGAUGCUGCGAGAGCUGAGCAGCGCUUUGGCCACCAUGGCGGACGGACCUCACGAUGAGAGGAGGAAAAGUUUGGAGUUACUCAACGACAUUCUGGAGGUCCUAAGCAAAGACAAUGUGGGGGAAACGUUUGAGCACAUUCAAGACAUUGUGGCCUCCUUGCUGAGGAUCAUCAACCAGACGGUCAUCACAAUGGGCCGAGAGCAUGCUCUAAUUUCCCGCGUGGUGGCCUGCAUGACAGCCAUCCUCAGUCAAAUGGAUGACCGUCAUUACUCGACAUACAUCGAAACCUUCGCGAAAACCUCCGAUCUUGUGGACUUUCUCAUGGAGUCCUUCCUACUUUUCAAAGACCUGAUCGGGAAGCAUGUGUACCCCUCCGACUGGAUGGCCAUGAUCAUGGUACAGAACAGGGUGUUCCUGAGAGCCAUCAAUAUUUACGCUGACACAAUGAAUCAAAAGUUUCUCCACAAUGAUGACUUUGAAGUGCAGUUGUGGAAUAACUACUUCCACCUGGCUGUUGCAUUCAUUACUCAGGAGUCUCUGCAGCUGCAGCAUUUCUCGCCAACAAAGAGGAACAAGAUUCUCGCCAAAUAUGGAGAUAUGCGGCGGCUCAUCGGCUUUGCAAUCCGCGACAUUUGGUUCAAACUGGGCAGCCACAAGAUCUGUUUCAUACCCGGCAUGGUGGGUCCCAUUCUGGAGAUGACCUUGAUCCCAGAGGAGGAGUUGAGGAGGGCCACCAUUCCCAUUUUCUUUGACAUGAUCACUUGUGAACACGGACACUUUGGGAAUUUCAACAAGUUCGAGAACGAGAUCAUUCUGAAGUUGGACCACGAGGUGGAGGGUGGAGGCGGAGACGAGCGAUACAUGCACCUGCUGGAAUCCAUACUGCUGGACUGUGCUGCAGAGAAGCCCACGCUGAGACCUCAGGUGCAGCACUUUGUCGCCCUGGUGAAGGGACUCCUCAUCCGUCUCCUGGAUUAUCGCACCGUGAUGAGGGACGAGAGCCGCAACAACCGCAUGAGCUGCACUGUCAACCUCCUCAAUUUCUACAAGGACAUCAAUCGCGAAGGAAUGUAUAUCAGGUAUCUUUACAAGUUGCGGGACCUUCACCUGGAGGGCGAAAACUACACGGAGGCGGCGUACACGCUGCUGCUGCACUCGCGCCUGCUCAAGUGGUCAGAUGACUUGUGCAGCCACUUUGAAUUCCCAGGCUCCCAAACGCAGCGGCAGCUCAAAGAAAAGCUUUCUGACACCAUCAUCGACCACUUUGACAUGGGCAAGAUGUGGGAAGAGGCCAUCUCUUUGUGCAAGGAACUCGCCGAUCAGUAUGAGAAUGAGAUCUUUGACUACGAGCUGCUCAGCAAGAGACUGGAGAAACAAGCAAAGUUCUACGAGAACAUUAUGAAGAUUCUGAGGCCCAAACCGGAUUACUUUGCGGUGGGCUAUUACGGGCAAGGCUACCCGCCGUUCCUCAGGAACAAGGUGUUCAUCCACCGCGGGAAAGAAUAUGAGCGCAGAGAGGAUUUCCAAAACCAGCUGAUGGGCCAGUUCCCCAGCGCCGUGCGCCUCAACACCACCACCGAGCCAGGGGACGACAUCUGCAACUCUUCCCUCCAGUAUAUUCAGUGUUUCACCGUGCGGCCUGUCCUGGAAAUCCCUCCUCGCCUGAAGAAUAAGCCGGUCCCGGACCAGAUCAUCAACUUCUACAAGUCCAACUACGUGCAGCGUUUUCAUUAUUCCAGACCUGUGAGGAAAGGACCGCUGGACCCAAGCAAUGAGUUCGCUUCCAUGUGGAUCGAGCGUACAACCUUCACCACGGUGUACAAGUUGCCGGGAAUCCUGCGCUGGUUCGAAGCCACCGACGUAAAACACACAACUUUGUCCCCAUUGGAGAACGCCAUCGAAACCAUGGAGUUCACCAACGAGAAGAUUCUGGCCAUGAUCAACCAGUACCAGGCCGACUGGAGCCUUCCCAUCAACCCCCUCUCCAUGCUGCUCAACGGUAUCGUGGACCCGGCGGUCAUGGGAGGCUUUGCCAAAUAUGAAAAGGCCUUCUUUACAGAAGAGUACACUCAGCAGCACCCGGACGACCAAGAGAAACUGCUGCGUCUUCAAGACCUCAUCGCGUGGCAGAUCCCAUUGCUGGGCGGAGGCAUUUCACUCCAUGGGAAAAGAGUCUCCGAUGCCCUGCGUCCCUUCCACGAGCGCAUGGAGGAAUGCUUCAAGCAGUUGAAAAAGAAAGUGGAGAAGGAGUACGGCGUCAGAGAGCUGUUGGACUUGGACGACAGGACGUCGACUCGACCUUGCUCCGUGCUGCGAUCCGUCCGUCAUUCCGUCAUCUCCAUUUCCUCACUGCAAGGCUCCGAAUGUGCGACGCCGACCAAACUCUCCGUUGACAGGGACUUCCCCUCCGAGUCGCGGGACGACGACCUUAUGACCGUGGGCGACUCCGAGGUCAAACUGAGGAAGAGUAAGAAGAAGAGGAAGAGGAGUAGCAUGAUCUUCAUCACGGAGGAGCGAGAGCAGAGCAACACUCUGGACUGCAAACGGUUGUCCAAGAAGCAGGAGUUCCGCAGCGACACCAACUUGUCAGAGACCAACGACGGAAACGCACGGCUGAGCGGCGCCAACUCCAGGUCUCUGCCCGCCAUUACAGGUUUGUCUGUGGCGGCGGCGGCGGGCGGGGCGGACGAGGCCGAGACCGCCCGAGCCAGGAGAGACAGCAAGUCCGUGUCCCUCUGCGUCAUCUCGGACCGAACGGCAGACAGACGCUCCAAAGGCGUCAUCGGCCUCUUCUUCAAGUCCAAGAGCUCCAAGGCCGACGACGCGAUGACCAGCGAUGCGGCGGGCAAAGACGGCGGCAAUCAUUUCUGACACCUGUUCGUUAUUUCCGACCUGAGAGUUGGGCUUUCGCUCACGCCGCCGCUGAAUGCGCCCCCCCUUGUUAUUCUGCAGACACAUCAACAUUCGGUAUUUUUAUCAAAGGGCUUGAAAAAGACCAUUUUGUUGCUCGAUAAAGACGUCUUUUGUUUGCUUUUUUAGAACUUUGAUUUAUGGCUCUGAGAUAAGAAGUACAUCAUACACAAUGAGUUCACUAUGUGGUUUCGUCUCAGUCCCAAAAUCUUUUCGGCUCGUUUGUUUUUUAUCCAAAGCGCAUAACUAUUUACUCGGUAGCGGAGUUGUUCCAAAUAAAAGCACAAAAAAAGGUU